AUGCUGGCAUCAAGGGCCGCCACCGCCACUCCGGCACGCCUCGUCUCCGCCGUCCGCCACGCUCUACCUCGCGGGGCGCCUUCCUCUUCCACAGCAGCAGCUACGAGGUCGCUGUCGAGCUACACACGGACGGCGCUGCCGGGAUCCACCUCUUUUGCAGCACGUCCGACCCCCAACAUCGCCUCGCGAGGCUUCAAGAGCUCCCCGCUGUCUCGGAGAGCCGUGCCCGCUGACGAGGUCGACGAACCGUUCGACCUCGCCAAGGUCGAGCGCGUCGCCGAUGAGGCCGAUGUCGUGAUUGUCGGUGGCGGGCCCUCGGGCCUCAGCGCCGCCAUCAAGAUUAAGCAGCUGGCCGAGCAGAGGGGCGAGGAGAUCCGCGUCGUCGUGCUCGAAAAGGGCCCCGAGGUGGGCAACCACAUCCUCUCGGGUGCCGUCAUCGAGCCCCGGGCCCUCGAGGAGCUCUUCCCGGACUGGAAGGAGAUGGGCGCGCCGCUCAACCAGCCGGCGCUGCAGGACCAGAUGCGCUUCCUCACGCCGACGGGCUCGUUCCCGAUGCCCCACCCGCCACAGAUGUCCAACAAGGGCAACUACAUUGUGUCGCUGUCGCGCGUCACUGCGUGGCUCGGCGAGCAGGCCGAGGCCGCCGGCGUCGAGAUCUACCCCGGCUUCGCGGCGUCGUCGCCCAUCUGGGAGACGGACGCGAGCGGCAAGAAGAUCGGGCUCAAGGGCGUCGUGACCAACGAGAUCGGCCUCAACAAGGAGCGCCAGCCCAAGGACAGCUUCGAGCCCGGAAUGGAGUUCCACGCGCCCAUCACCCUGUUUGCCGAGGGCGCCCACGGCUCCAUGACGCAGAAGAUGAUCCGCGAGCUCGGCCUGCGCGACGCCGUCGGUGCCGACCCGCAGACGUACGGCCUCGGCGUCAAGGAGGUGUGGCGGGUCAAGCCCGAGAAGCACCAGGCGGGCCUCGUCACCCACACCAUGGGCUGGCCGCUCGACACCAAGACGUACGGCGGCUCGUGGACGUACCACAUGGAGGACAACAUGGUCUCGAUCGGCCUCGUCGUCGGCCUCGACUACCAGAACCCACACCUCAGCCCGUUCCGCGAGUUCCAGCGGAUGAAGCACCACCCCUUUUUCAAGGAUCUGCUCGAGGGUGGCGAGUGCCUCGCCUAUGGCGCGCGCACGCUCAACGAGGGCGGCUACCAGUCGAUCCCCAAGGUCCACUUCCCCGGCGGUGCGCUGCUGGGCUGCGCCGCCGGCUUCCUCAAUGUGCCCAAGAUCAAGGGCACGCACAACGCCAUGAAGAGCGGCAUCCUGGCCGCCGAGGCCGUCGUCGACGCGCUGGCCAAGCGCACCGAGUCGGGCUCCUCGGACCAGAUCGACCUGGCCGAGUACAAGGCCAAGCUCGACGACAGCUACGUCAUGAAGGAGCUGUACGAGGUGCGCAACAUCCGCCCCAGCUUCCACAACCCGCUCGGGCUCUGGGGCGGCAUCGCCUACUCGGGCGUCGACUCGCUGCUGCUCAAGGGCCGCACGCCCUGGACCUUCCGCCACGUCGGCGAGGACCACGCCCAGACCAAGCCGGCGUCGCAGUGCGAGCCGAUCGAGUACCCCAAGCCGGACGGCAAGCUGUCGUUUGACAUCCUCACAUCCGUCUCGCGCACGGGCACCAACCACGCCGAGGACCAGCCGGUGCACCUCGUCGUCAAGGAGGGCGACUACAAGGGCCACGUCGAGCGCAACGUCGGCGUCUACGACGGUCCCCUCGGCCGCGCCUGCCCCGCCGGCGUGUACGAGUACGUCGACGCCGACGAGGGCGGAGAGCACGCCCUCGGCAAGAAGCUCGUCAUCAACUCGCAGAACUGCAUCCACUGCUACACCUGCAGCAUCAAGACGCCCGAUCAGAGCAUCCGCUGGGACGUGCCCGAGGGCGGAGGCGGCCCCAAGUACUCGAUGACCUGA